UAAUAUUUUUUAUUGCUUCGUUUUCCCAAUUAAAGUCAUAUCCUCUGAAACAGUCAAUCGUUUAUCGUUACUGUGCACAUCUUUCAGAAUUUUUUAUUUAUUUUAUUUUAUUUCAAUUGGUUAUUUUAAAAACUGAAUUAAUUAAGAGAAAUGGAAAGAACAGAACGAAAAAAAUUGUUCUGCGACGAACAGAACGCGACAAAAUGUCGUGCGACGAAGCGAUUGCGACGAAGUGAUCGUGCGACGAAGUGAUCGUGCGACGAAGUGAUUGCUCACCUUUAAAUGCAAAUGAAUUGUUCUGCAGAAUUUUCAUUUGUGAUUAAUUCUAGAUCCAACAACGACCACAACAACAACCACAACAACCACAACAACAACCACAACAACAACCACAACAACCACAACAACAACCACAACAACCACAACAACAACCACAACUACCAGUAAGUAAUAGACUAAAUUGUUAAAUAGUGGUACUAGAUCAAUUCGUCGCAAGUCAAUUUGUCGCAUCCAAUUCAUCGCAAUCAAUUCGUCGCACAAUCAAUUUGUCGCACGUCAAUUUGUCGCAAUCUAUUCGUCGCAUCUCUCAUCAUAAAAUUCCCGUAUUAGAGUUUGAUCUUGCGGGAAAAUGAUACAUAGACAGAAAUGAAAUGACGUAUUCAGAGAAUAGAAAAUAACAACAUCUUGUAAUUUCAUCAAACUACAGAAAAAAAACCGAUGUUUUUGUUCGUUUUUCGACGAAAUUUUAAAUAGAACGUAUGUAUUCCACCUAUCUCCAACCAGUAGUGUCAAACUUGAAACUUGAGUUCAAUUGAUUUUGCAAGUUUCAAGUGAGUUUUCAAGUUUCAAGUUUCAAGUCUCAACUUUCAAUCUAAUUUCAGAUGACUUUUCCGGCCAGUCCUUUCGCGGCACCCACAGCCGCUGCAAUGUGAUGUGCGCAUAGUGUGGCCACUUCUUUCGCGAUCAGUCCUUUUGCGGCCAGUCCUUUCGCGGCACCCACAGCAAGUGCGAUGUGAUGUGUGUCAUAGUGUGGCCACUCCUUUCGCAGCACCCACAGCAGCUGCGAUGUGAUGUGCGUCGUAGUGUGGCCACUCCUUUCGUGAUCAGUUCCUUCGCGGUCAGUCCUUUUGCGGCCAGUUCUUUCGCGGCACCCACAGCAGGUGCGAUGUGAUGUGUGUCGUAGUGUGGCACCUCCUUUCGCG